CCCAGGUGGCAGCUCUAAGGUUUCAGCCUCCCCGAGGUCCGAGUUGAGGAGCUCCUGGCUGGGAAGCCCUUUGGCUGCGUGGACACAUAUUUACAUUUUGUGGAUGCACGCUUAGGUUUCCCCAGCACGCCUGGCGUUCAGGAUCAUGCCCAGUCCCAGUCCGUGUGGUGUCAGCAGGCAGAGCUGCAGGCACGAGGUGCACUGAAGCGGAGGAUGGAGGGUCAGAACGGCACCGGCACUGCUGCCCCUGCAGACACGAGGAUUGCCACACACUUCACAGCUCCAUCCAGGACAUUCUGGAUCAUCCUGUCCAUUGCCUUGUUUUUUGCAGUUGUUGGCAUCAGCAUCGCGGGGGUUCUCAGCUUCUCCCCCAGCUCUGCCCAGGCUGGCUUGCAGCUCGUCCAGCUAACGCUCCAGGGCCAGCACGACCCGCUGAGAAACCAGACAGCCUUGGUGGACCAGUCCAGGAGCACCGUGACCUACUACAUAACCUCGCAGAGUAACCACACCGCUGUGGUGCUGUAUGACAGCAGGAACGGCUACGUGUGCUACAAGCCCGUGGAGCAGCGUGCGUGCUACCUGAGGAGGAUGGACACCUGGGACCUCCAGACCCUACAGACAUCUUCCAACUUGUCUGAGCAGAGAGCUGAUCGGCUGCUACAUCAGAAUAACCAGACCAAGUACUACCGGGAGUUCCUGGGCGUUCUGGCGGGGGAACAGGUGGACCCCAACAGCCUGGGGGAGGCUGUCCAGACCCUGUGUGAGCAGACAUCCAUCUUCUGGGUCCGGAGAGGGGAGGGUCCAGGGAAGCAGCGGCUGAUCUAUCUGUGCAUUGACAUCUGCUUCCCAAGCAACAUUUGUGUGUCUAUCUGCUUCUAUUACCUCCCCGAGUAAGACCUGCAGCCACGGAUGCCCUCUCACUGCUCUACAUACUU